AUGAGUGCGCCGCCGCCUCCCAAUCCCCCGAACGGCCAGCCUGGCCAGGCGCAGGCGCCCAAACGCCCGUACCGCCGACCGCGUGCGGUGAACCCACUGGUGGCGCGAGGCCGAAACGACCCAUCCAAGCAGAUGAACCGGCCCGCAUCUACAAUAAAGCCGUCCGCGACUGUUAUUGCGAAAGCCGGUCCGUCAAAGGAUCCGGUCGAGGCUCUCCGCGAGCAGGACUACCAGAAGCUCAAGGAAUUUGAGGCUCGGCGCAAGCUCAACGGGGGAUGGACGGAGCCUGCGCCGCCCAACGUUGUCGAAUAUCCGCUCAUGGUCUCGAAGCGUGCCCUCAUGGAGGCACGAUUCCAUGUGAUGCGAUUGGCCCGGGCCAAGGCAGUCCAAGGUGAUCCAAUAAAUGGCAUCGAUCCCACCGACCCUGAACAGUUCUCGCGUCCUGUCACUCUCCAUCGCCGUGACCCGCGACAGCCACCGGCGGCCAGAGUGGUACCAGAGGAGGAGGAGGAGGUCAAGCCGAGCCCACCUCCGCCCGAGCCUACAACAGACGACAAGGAGGCCGAGAGAUUGGCACAGAUCAAGGCGGAUAAGGAAGCUCAACGAGCGGCGGACCUGGCCCAGAUCGCGCCAACCAUCAAGGCGAACGAGCCACCUGCGCAAAAGAAGCCGCCACCCCAAAAGAAAGAGAAAGCCUUCACGUCCCACCGACAGACGAAGAAGGACUACGAUCCCAAGACAUCCGAGCUACGUUACGAAGAAGCUCUGCCAUGGCAUUUGGAAGACGCGGAUGGCAAGAACGUGUGGGUUGGCCAAUAUGUUGCCGCUCUAUCCCAGGCAAACGUUGGUCUCGUUAUUAGCGGCGAGGGCUUUAAGAUGGUCCCGUUGGAGAAGUACUACAAGUUCACGUCAAAGCCUCACUUCAAGGCAUUCAGCAUCGAGCAGGCCGAGAGCAUCAUGAAGCAAAACAUUGCCAUCGGCCCGCACAAGAUGACUGAGGAGAAGAAGGAGCAGAUGAAGCUCGAGCAAGAGAUUGCUGCUACGCGGGAUUUCCUUCGAGGUGGCAGAGCAACCAAGGUCAAGAAGGAAAGCAACACCUACCGGUCUGCUCCCAGGUCCGAGAAGCUCGACCAGGACGACAUUGAUAUGUCGGGCGACGAGUUCCAGGAUGAUGACGAAAACCACACGUUUGAGAAGGAGAGGGAUGAGGAGACCAAGGAGGCAAAAGAGCGACAGCGGCGGAACCACCUCGGCGCCAACCUGUUCGGUGAUGCGAACGAGAAGCAAGUGGAGAAAGAAGAGGCCGAAGAAGAGCUCAUGGAGCAACUGCGAAAGGAAGAGGGCAAGCGUGUCCGCAAGGCUCUCGCCCGUCGUGAGAAGCACUUGAUGUACCAGAGUGAUUCCGACGACAAGGACAACCCAUAUGACUCGUCGAGUAGCUCGGAAUCGGAGCCGGACGAGGAAAAGGAGGCCAAGGAGAAGGAGGCCAAGGAGAAGGAGGCUAAAGAGAAAGAGGCCAAAGAAGCCAAAGAAAAGGAAAAGCUUUCCGUGGGAGCCGCAGCUAAAGGGAGUGGCACCUCUCCUAGUAAGAACAAGCAAGGGAAGUCUCUCAAGCGCCCGGGUUCACCGAAUUUGUCCGAAUCGAGCGAGAACGAGGCAUCCCGCAAGAAGGCAAAGAAAUUGGCUACCGGCUCGGUACAGCCCAGCCGCUCCAGCACUCCAGUGCCUGGACAACGUGCCAAGGGCCCUGGCGGUGCUACAAGUGAUGGUGAAGCUACCGCUGGAGAGAUGUCAGAUGGUGGCAUUAAGAAGAACCGACUCAAGUUGGGAGCCACCGGCGGCAGUUCUCGCGGCACGCCUGUUGGCUCCAGGGCCGGAAGUCCUACUCCGGGAGCAGGCUCAAAACCUGGAUCGCCCAUCAAGGCCGACAGCCCCAAGCCUGGCGUGGUCACCCCCGACGAGAUCGUGGCCGCUCUUGCGGCGAACCCACAGGGUAUCGCGAUCGGAGAUCUGCUGAAGCGGUAUUUCAGUGACCGAGUCGGGACGGGCGAGAACCAGAUUCACAGGAAGGAGUUCAUCAGUCUGGUCGUCCGCCACUCACAACUGGACAAGGUCGAUAAGCUGCUGCGGAUGAAACCAAGCAAAUAG